AUGGAAGGUUUUUUCAGGCGUAUUUGGAAGACGUUGGGGGUGGAUAAAAUUGGUUUGCUGAAACAUGGCCUCUUUAUUGUGAGAUUUACUUCUAUGGAGAACAGAGAUAAGGUGCUUGCAGGUGGAUACUAUUUUUUUGAUAGGAAACCUCUGAUGAUUAAAGCAUGGGACCCGAAUGUAUGUUUGCAGAAGGAUGACAUUCGUUCGAUACCCAUUUGGAUCCAAAUCCAUAAUCUGGAUCUAAUAUACUGGGGUACUCGAUCCUUAUUCAAGAUUGUUGGGCAGAUUGGUAAACCCCUUAGAGAAUAUUUGGCCACCAAAAACAGGGAUCGCUUACAGUUUGCAAGAGUGAUGGUGGAGGUUAGUGUGUCUCAAGCUUUUCCAUCGUCUAUUAGCUUUAUGAAUGAAAGUUCUGAAUUGAUAUGCCUAGACAUUCACUAUGAAUGGAAACCUACCUUCUGUUCGAAAUGUAAAUCAAUGGGACAUGAUGAUAUGGUCUGUCGCAAGCAGCAGCAAAAUGGUUCUCAAGUGACAUCAGUGUGGAAGCCUAAAAGUGGUGCUCCUGUAACUGAGGAGCAAAGCAAGGAAAUCCCAGCUGUUUUGGGAACUUCAGAUAGUCCUGGUGUGGAGACUGAUAACACUACGAGAGACCAUGGACUGGAUAAGGAUGGUUUUCAGGUUGUUCAUAAAACUAGAAAGGUGCUCAAAAAGAAGGAGCAAUCUGUAAAUAUUGGCAAUACUUUUGGAAUUCUUAAGGAUACAGCAGAAGACUUACAAUUUGGGUAG